UAUACCAUAUCUAUUUUGUUGUCUCUCCGACCCAAAUCUCAGCUUUACGUAAAUUAGAAAUCUAGGGUUCUUCCGAUUAGGCUAAAUCGAAUCGAGAUUCCCCUCGUAUCUAAAUCUUUGGAUUCUUAAAUAUGUCUCAGAACGGGAAGCUGAUCCCAAAUCUGGACCAGAACAGUACGAGGCUCCUCAAUCUCACAGUUCUCCAGCGAAUCGAUCCAUACAUCGAGGAAAUCCUCAUCACAGCAGCUCAUGUUACUUUCUAUGAAUUCAACAUUGAUCUCAGCCAAUGGAGCCGUAAGGAUGUUGAAGGAUCUUUGUUUGUUGUCAAAAGGAGCACUCAACCUCGAUUUCAGUUUAUUGUGAUGAAUCGUCGGAAUACAGAUAAUCUGGUGGAGAAUCUCCUUGGAGAUUUUGAGUAUGAGGUCCAAGGUCCAUAUUUACUUUACCGUAAUGCAUCUCAAGAAGUAAAUGGCAUUUGGUUUUACAAUAAACGUGAAUGCGAGGAGGUAGCAACUCUUUUCACCAGAAUACUUAAUGCAUAUUCCAAGGUUAACCAGAAGCCAAAGACCUCGUCUUCAAAAAGUGAGUUUGAGGAAUUGGAAGCUGUGCCUACAAUGGCAGUUAUGGAUGGUCCCCUUGAACCGUCUUCAACUUCUAGGGAUGCCCCUGAUGAUCCUGCUUUCGUCAACUUCUUUAGCUCAGCGAUGGCUCUUGGGAACAAUGCAAGUGGGUCAGCAAGUGGGCAGCCUUACCAAUCAUCACCGAUUCCUCACCAACCUCACCAACCCACCAUUGCUCCUCCUGUAGCGGCAGCAACACCUUCGCAGAUAAAAUCACCACCACCUCUACCAUCCUCCUCUCCUCUGAUGCCUCUCUUUGACAAUAAUCCUGAUCUUAUCAGCAGCAGCUCCAACGUUACCGAUUUGGUUACACCAGCCUCUUUCUUUGGGCCCCCGCGAAUGAUGGCACAACCGCACCUCAUUCCUGGUUCAUCUAUGCCCACUGCUCCUCCUCUCAACCCUAAUAAUGCGGCUCACCAGCAGCGGUCGUAUGGUACUCCGGUGCUUCAGCCUUUCCCACCACCAACUCCACCACUAUCACUCGCUCCUGCACCCACUGGCCCCGUUAUCACCAGAGACACAGUGAAAGAAGCUCUUUUAUCCCUGUUUCAGGAUAAUGAAUUUAUCGAUAAGGUGACCCGAGCUUUACAAAAUGCACAUCAAUCAUGAAACUGCGCUGCAUCAGCAUCUACGUGUGGGACAGUGGCGAUUUGAUUUAGAAUGUGUAGUUAAAAUGUAGUUUUGUUUGUUCCCUGUGAUACUUUUGAACAAGUGUUGUUGGAACCUCCAACGAAGGAAUGUUACAAGAUACUGCACUGCUCCCUUGUUUUAGCUCAUGGACCUACUUUUCAUUUUUUCUACUUUCAAGUGUCAAACCUA